AUGAAUACUCUUCCAUUUGAAACUGAUAACGCUGAGACCAGCAUCAAUAUUGUCAAUAAUAGACAACCAUCAUCUCAGUUUCUUGACUUUAAUGAACCCCCUACAGAGCAUGUUGAAAUGAGUAGGCAGUUUCUGGAAACACAACUUCAUUCAGGACCAAGUAAUCAGGCUCCAUCACCGUGUCAGCAUGUCUCCUUAUCUGGAUCUUCUUUAGGGGGGUGUUCUGUUAGUGCUAUUGAUUUAUUUUCCAAUUAUGAUGGUGGAAAACAAAAAAUAGCAGAAAGCUCUUCACACAAGAGAAAGAACAUCAAACGAGAUGAUGGGGAAUGCUCGGCAAGUGGACAUUCUAGUAACUUCGGUGAAGGAGAAGAAAUAAAUGUGAGAAUCAGUAAACUAGCAAGAGGUGCGACUACUGAUGAUCAUCCUUAUGUUAGUGCUUCUGGAAACAGUGAAAGCUUUCAGCGAAACACUCGAGUGAAAAUCAGCCAUGCAAAUGACGCUGAUAAUUUUGCACCUGGACUAUGGCCCCUAGAGAACAAUAUUACUUGUUAUAAUCCUUGGCCUGUCCAAUCAUCAUCUGCAACCACCUCAUCUAGUCAGUCUUUAUAUUCCGGGUAUUUGGCCAUUAAUUUGAGGCCACAUAGGCAACGUAAUCUACGUAUGCUUCCUGUCAUUUCUUCGGACUUGUAUCCUUUACCACAAAGUGGAAUUUCCGCUACGGAAGUAGGUAGUUCUUUGGGCUCUCCAGCAGUUGCAGUCGAUGGCUCAGCUGUGGAAUUGGAUCAAUUAGAUGUUCCAAUCAAUAUCUCGGAGCAAGUAUCUGUUCCCUCAAGUAGCACUACAGAUAUGAUGCGAGUUCAAAUAAAUUGGCAUUCAGCCAGUGGCAAUUCAGUUUUAACCAGCAAUUUUGGUACCUGCAUCACAGAAACUAUUCGUAGGAACAUUUUUUCUUCUGAUUUUGAAUUCAGAGGCCAGACCAUCAGCCUUCCUCAACAUCAAAACAAUUCUUCCACAUCUCUGGAGGUUGGACGUCAUCAGUCUGGAGCUGUUUCCUGUGUUCAUCAGCAUCCACACACAAGAUUAAAUAUGUUGCAUAGGCAUAAUAGUGGUGCUUUGGGCAUUGCCUUGUCAGCACGGACUCUUGCAGCUGCAAGAGAAGGGAGAAACAGAAUGUCAGGGAUUCGGAAUGUUUUUGACCGCAUCCGUUGGGGUGAUAAUUUACUGCUUGAGGAUGUUUUAUUACUCGAGCAAUCAGCAUUUGUUGGGGGUGCCAAUUUUCUCGACAGGUAUAGAGAUAUGCGGUUGGAUGUGGGCAAUAUGUCUUAUGAGGAACUGAUAGCGCUAGGAGAACGUAUCGGCAGUGUCAACACUGGACUUAGUGAGGAAAAGAUAGUUGAAUGCCUACAGCAACAUAAGUAUGUACCUGUUGCAUCAGAGCCUACUGGGGAAGUUGAGCCAUGCUGCAUUUGUCGGGAAGAAUACAUUGAUGGAGACGAACUGGGUCAAUUGGACUGUGGUCAUGAUUUCCAUUCGUUGUGCAUCAAGAAAUGGCUGGCUAUAAAAAAUCUAUGCCCCAUAUGUAAAACAGCUGCCCUGAGGGGGCGUUUGGUUCUUUCCUAGGAAUAGGAAUCGGAAUGGGAAUCAUUGUAUUGUGGAAUGAGAAUGGGUAUGAGCAUGGAUAUCACUCUUAAAAGCAAUAUUUGGUUAGUUGUA